UCGAAAUCGAAUCGGCGGCACCCUGCCUGCCUGUCGACACUGUCGUGUCCGGUUGUUGGCGCCCAAGCCCCAAGCGAAAAGCAAAAGAAAUACCGGAAGAAACUGCCUCGUGCCCCCUCUCCUCGCUCUCUCUCUCUCUCUCUGCCUGUGGAGGGGCGGCGAGUGGUCCAGUCCGCCUCCAGCCGGCUACAGAUCUCCAGCUCGCGCGGUCCAGCUCUGAGCUCCCUCCUCUCCUCUCCUUCUCCUCCACGCCCGGUCGUGAAUCGUCGCUUGCUCUGGAGAGAGCUUGUAGAUUUUUUUUUUGGGUUCUUUUGGAGUUUUCGCUCCCCAACCUUUUCCUGGUUCGGUUUCCUGUGUACGGGAAUUUUCGGUUGGUUGGUCAUUUUCCCGCAACUUCUCUUUGGUUUCUGCGCGAGAGCGCCGUCUUGUUUCCUGCUGCUACGCCCCGUUGACUCGGGCGGGCAUUCCGUCGAGCACCUUCCGUGCGGCGGCGGCGGGUGGCGGUUCCUGGUUUCCGGGGAGCGCUCCUCUUGAUGCCGCUGCUGUGGCAGGCGCAGGGUUCUAGCGGAUGGAAUGCAACGGCUGCUACGCGCUGAAGUCGAGAAGGUUCGUCGCGAUCGCUGAUGCGGGGUUCGAGGAUGCUGCGGACGGCGACACCGAUUUUGGUGACACGAUGAGUCUUGCGCACAAGGAGAAGGUUGUCGAGGAAACCGUGGAGAUGGAGGAGGAGGAGCAGGGGCUCGUUUGGAAAUCUAACCAGCUCCCCUACAAGGAUGAUGAUGAUUUUGAUUUUGUUCUUCCUGGGAGUAGUAAGCAGCGCGCGUCAACAUCAGGAGAGAUGCCUCUGUCUGGCAAAAUGGACCCGAGGUUAGACAGGUCUGGAAGCAAUGGAACAAGCAAGGUCCCUAGACUGGGUUCAAUGCUUGGGACAGCCAGCAUGGCUGGAUUUGGCAAGGCAGUGGAGAUUCUAGACACAUUAGGCUGCUUGAUGACGACCUUGAGCUCAGAUGGUGGCUUUGUUUCCAGAUCCAAGACCAAAGGGUGCAAGAUAUCAAUUCUUGCUUUUGAGGUUGCCAACACAAUACUUAAAGGUGCUAGUAUUAUGCAAUCUCUCUCAGAAGACACUGUCACAUACUUCAAACGAGUUGUGCUUCCUUCUGAAGGUGUACAGAAUUUGGUUUCCAGUGACAUGAGUGAAGUGAUGCGAAUUACAGCAAAUGACAAAAGAGAGGAGCUGAGAAUAUUUUCUCAAGAGAUUGUUAGGUUCGGGAACCGUUGUAAAGAUCCCCAGUGGCAUAACCUGGAUCGGUACUUUGUGAAGUUAGAAUCAGAAAGUGCACCCCAGAAGCAGCUGAAAGAAACAGCAAUAGCAGAUAUGCAGAAGUUGAUGAACCUUGUUCAACGUACAACUGAUUUGUAUCAUGAGCUGCAUGCAUUAGACAGAUUCGAGCAAGAGUACCGCUCUAGGCUAAACGGAAAGGGUAAUACAGAUAGAUUUGAAAAAGGAGACAAUAUUCAAAUUGUGAGACUGGAGUUGAAGACCCAAAGUAGUUAUGUGAAGAGCUUGAAGAAAAGAUCUCUCUGGUCCAAGACGUUGGAAGAAGUAGUCGAGAAGCUUGUAGACAUCGUGCACUACUUAAAUGUUGAGAUCAACAAUGCUUUUGGAUCUUCUGAUGGAGGUGUGGUGAAUGCCGAAUCAACUGUGAGCUGUCAAAGGCUAGGACCUGCCGGACUUGCAUUACAUUAUGCAAACAUUAUCAUUCAAAUAUAUAGUAUUGUUUCUCGAUCAGGGUAUGUGCCAGCAAAUUCAAGAGAUGCCCUCUACCAGGGAUUGCCACCAAGGAUCAAGUCAGCGCUACCAAAUAAACUGAGAACGACCUCAGUGCCUCAGGAGCUCACUAUUGAUCAAAUAAGGGCUAGGAUGGAGAAAACUCUGAAAUGGCUUGUGCCCAUGGCCAUCAAUACCACCUGUGCUCGAGGUUUCUUGAGGUUCAGUGAAUGGGCGAAAUCAGGGACUGACAGGGUUGGUAAGCGACCGGGUCAAGCAGAUCCAAUUGAGACGCUAUACCAUGCUGACAAGGCAAGGACUGAGGAUUGCAUUCUAGAGUUGGUUGUCUGGCUUCAUCACCUCGUCAGCCAGAGUAACCGUCCGGCAAUGCAAAAAGCCACUGACCAAGGUAUGUAACCAAAAGCCAGGAAUGGUCAUGGACCAUGACAUGCUAAGCAUCGCACAACGCCUUUUAUCCAGAAAGGCUGUGUUUGUCGAGUGGUCUAAGGUGUCAGAGUUAUCUGAAAAGAGGGGACGCCAAACUCUUCUGAUCCAGCUUGCUGGUUGUUUUCGUCUUCGUUAUUAGGUCGUAGAUGGAAACUAGAGUUGUUCUUGCUGUGGAGGGCGUGCGUUUUAGUUUUUGCCAUAGAGGACGUACGUUUUUCUUCAUGUCCGGAUAUAGUCGGGCAUGCUUAUAUGUGCUCUGUACAUCAGCUGAGUAGGUAUAGUAUAAGAAGAGCUUUGUUACUUCGAUCUGUUUGUUAUUUGUAUGUGCAGUUGUGACAAUCACAUUAUACAAAGAAAACGGCAUCAUGUCAGGGCAGGGAAAAACAAACAAACAUGAAUCUCUUUCCGCACAUAUUAUCUGCAGUUGUGAAAAUCACAGCCGGUGACAAUAUGUAUGAGUUAUUUGCUA